ACUAGCACAGCAGCUGCAUCUUGGGUUUCAGCCUGCAACCUCAAUAUGAUGUUCCAGGCCUGCCAAAGACUGUUGGAAUCUGCAAGAUAAAAAAGGAGACCCUAUAUGUUUUUCUUCACAUGAAGCUCACUUUGAAAUAUUUGGAGAAAAUGAGAUGCUUGCGGAAACGAUCAGCAGUAUCAUUCUUAGGAAUCCUUGUCAUUUGCCUGCUGUUCAUGAACUUGUACAUUGAAGAUGGUUAUGUCUUGGAAGGGGACAAGCAAUUAAUCAGAGAAACAGCCACACACCAACUUAAUUCGGAGCGCUAUGUUCACACUUUUAAAGACUUGUCAAAUUUCUCAGGAUCUAUAAAUGUUUCCUAUCGCUAUCUAGCUGGCACGCCUUUGCCAAGGAAAAGGUAUCUUACAAUUGGACUAUCCUCAGUCAAACGGAAAAAGGGGAAUUAUUUGCUUGAGACAAUCAAGUCCAUAUUUGAGCAGUCAAGUUAUGAGGAACUGAAGGAAAUUACGGUGGUGGUUCACCUAGCAGAUUUUGACUCAUCCUGGUGUGAAGGGAUGGUCCAGGAUAUUUCACAGAAAUUUGCCCAUCACAUCAUUGCUGGAAGGUUAAUGGUUAUCCAUGCCCCUGAAGAGUACUAUCCAGUACUGGAUGGCCUUAAGAGAAAUUACAAUGAUCCAGAAGAUCGUGUGAAGUUCCGAUCAAAACAAAAUGUAGAUUAUGCUUUCCUGCUUAACUUUUGUGCUAAUCUUUCUGAUUAUUAUGUCAUGCUAGAAGAUGAUGUUCGAUGCUCUAAAAACUUCUUGACUGCUGUUAAGAAAGUAAUUACUUCGCGAGAAGGUUCCUAUUGGGUGACUCUGGAGUUUUCCAAACUGGGCUAUAUUGGAAAGCUAUACCACUCCCAUGACCUCCCGCGUCUGGCUCAUUUUUUGCUGAUGUUUUACCAGGAAAUGCCUUGUGAUUGGCUGCUAAUCCAUUUCCGUGGGUUGUUAGCUCAAAAGGAUGUCAUCCGCUUUAAGCCAUCUCUGUUCCAGCACAUGGGAUAUUAUUCAUCCUACAAAGGAGCUGAGAACAAGCUAAAGGAUGAUGACUUUGAAGAGGAUUCGUUUGACAUCCCUGACAACCCACCCGCAAAUCUUCACACCAACAUGAAUGUAUUUGAAAACUACGAGGCAAGCAAGGCUUACAGCAGCAUUGAUGAGUACUUCUGGGGAAAAGCUCCUUCUACUGGAGAUCUCUAUGUGAUUGUAUUUGAAAAGCCUGUUAAAAUCAGUAAAAUUAAAGUUAUCACUGGAACAGAAGACCGGCAAAAUGACAUCUUGCAUCAUGGUGCCCUGGAAGUUGGGGAAAAGAUUGUAGGGAGCAAAAAAGGGAGGCAAUGUACUACUUACUUGAGACUAGGGGAGUUCAAAAAUGGAAAUUUUGAAAUGACAGAUGUGGAACACAAAGUUCUGUUUGAUAUUAACUGCAUGAGAAUACUUGUUACCAAAAGUCAAAAAGAAUGGCUGAUCAUUAGGAGCAUUAGUAUUUGGACUUCUCAGCCACCAAAUCAAUAAGGCAAAAUUACUGAAGCUGGUCCUCCUCCUUUCGUGGUGGAGUGAAUGCCAUCUGUUGGAUCCCAACUGGUGUCAUUCCCCAAGGAGACUGACUGACUUCCAAUUAUUUACUAUUGACACUGGAAAUCUAGGGAAAUCAUAAAACAAGCAAAAGCAAUUUAUUUUGUACUAGUCCGCCAGGCAAUAUACAAACACUAGUUUGUUGGAAUGUUUGAAUUUUAUAGGAAAUGCAAACAAGUUCUCAUCCAUCACUUAAGAUUCAGAAAUCUUUCUCUUUUAUUUUAAUUUCUCCUUUGGGAAAAACUACUGUACUAAAGAAAGCCAAUGCUUUUCCAUUAUUCAGAAAUUUUGUAGGCUUUGACCAGUAUGUUGUCAGAUGAAAUUUGACUCCAUCAUAUACACAUAUAAAUUAAUAAUCAGAUGGUAGUACAUGUUUGUACAAUAGUUGGUGGUGUAUUUGUGUGAAAGACAGUUGUGAUAAUGAAAGUCUGUUAAUGGAGCUUGCGAUUUCAUUUGAGCACUGUAAGGAAACAGUGUGGUUAAACAUGGCAACUUAUUUUAAGUGAAAAUACAUGUA